AUGCGUUUGAAAGCUCUAAGCAUGGUUAGACUGUCGACGUGGUCUCUCGUGACUCUGCUGUAUCUAUCACGGCUGGAUCACGUCAGAUGUACAGAUGCUGUGUUCACGUUACACAUGAAUGAAUUGUACACCAUUGAAUUCUCCAUGGAGAUGUUAAAUCAGUUCUACACUUGUCUAUGUGAUUACCAAGAUCAAAGCUGUACUGUGUUACUGGAGAGAGACAUUGCCUUCACCUACAUCACAAGGAUGAUCAGCGUGUCCAGGUUCCCAAGCUCUGCAAACAGCACCCAAAGACAAAUCUUCUCCAAAAACUUUGUCUGCACCAUUCCCACCUCCUUCAACUUGGACCAGAUGAUUGGCUGCAUCAGGCUGAAGAAGAGCGAGAACCUCUGCGACAACCUGGAGCUAUGCGAGUCUGUCAACCUGGUCCACGGAGACCACUGCGAGGUGGGGUUCGCAGGGAUUUACUGGCUCUACCCAGGGAGGAUCCGUCAGAAAAUAGAUAACAGAUAUGUGUCUUUCUCCCAGUGCAGUCAAGAAUGCACCAAUGCUUCCUUGCCCAAAAAUGUCAUCAAUACACCUCCACCCUUCCUGCGCACGACAGUAAAAACGCUUUCGACCAACCAAAUAGCGACAUCCACUUCUCCGAGCUUCGUCUACACCUCAACCAGAGCGUUCAACAUAAGUGGCACAAGCGCAGCGCUGCGAGGCUCGAACACAGUUCCUAAAUUACACACAGAGAACAACCAGCCAUUUCCAGGCGUAAAUAAAGAUGGGAAAAUUAUCAUUCUAAUCGUUAUUAUUAUAGCUAUUCUGUUAUUAACACUUGGAUUAAUCACCAUUGGAAUUAUAAUCUGUAGGAAGCGACGCAAGAAUCAGGACAAGCACAAAACUCCAUCCCUGACAGUAACUGCUGAUCCAAAUACGACUUUGCAAUACAGACUACGCUCUGGGAACCAAAGAGGCCAGCAUAGAAAUAUUCUUCAAUCUCUAUCUCAAGGGGAUAGCUCUUCACUGUCAGAGUUUUCUUCAGACCUUCAUUCUCACAGUUCUUCCCAAGAGUGGCUCAUCGCUAAGAGAAAAGCCGCCAAUGCUACGAAAGAGAGCGUCAGCGUUGUCAACAACGGCUUCCUGUUUGACAUUAAUGAUAACACCUUUAAUACUUACCAUCGGCAAAAUCAUCGCAAUGCAAAGUCAAAAUUUGAAGGGUGUACUUUUCCGAUAACCACAAAUAAUAAUGCAGAGGCCCAGAGUGUUUCUUCAAUUUCUGGAUCUGGGAAUUUCAAUUGCUUCCAAAAUAGUGUUACCCCUAUCUCCAUGACUGGAGACGGAAUGAUUUACGCCAAAGUGGAUACUAAUCGAACAGAUCUAUUGUACGAUGAUUAUGAUUUUUCAAAUCAUGCGAAAUACAAAGCAAUAACGGACGAUGGUUCAUUCAGUGGAGAGCUCCAGGCUCGGCCAGUAACAUCAGCUUCUUAUGCUACGGUCGGCGAAAAAAUAACUGUACUCCCUCAUGCAUAUUCGAGACUUAACGAAACAGUUCGCGUUUUAACAAACCCAUACAACAAACUCAAGAGUGAAAGGGACACAACUGAUCCUUCCAAGAGAAGGUUAAAACCAUACUCGAUUACCCACCUUUAUGCUCAAUCCUCCGUGUCUAUAGUGGGCGAAGAAUUCUACAGCAACGAACUUGUAAAUCCGGACUUGCUUAGUGACAGCGCAAUGAGGUCAGGCUACGUCAAUUUUAAAUACGGGACACUGCUGGUGGAGAUGCCACCAGAGAUAAGGGAGGUUUCUAAUUGGACGUCUAUGCAGGCUGAAGGUGGCGCCUCGUCAAUGUCCAGUUUCACGGGUGAUGCUUUAGCUGCAUCCAGUUUGCCGAACAAAAAGCACAUUUAUUUCGAGCUAGAGAAAGAAAAAGAUGCGUUCUCUCUGACCAGGUCAUUAAGUGAAGAAAAAAUGUGUUGACCAGGUGAAUACAUAAUCUUAAUCGUACCUGCGAGCUUCAUUUCAUACACCGUAUGAAGAGUUUAAUUUAGAAUUGUUGAUACACUUAAAGCUAAAAAAUAGUUUCAACUGUAGACCUAUCGGGAGUGCAACUUAUUGCAUUAUUUCGAAAAAUAAGGAUGUAAUAAGCUGUUGCCCUUGUAUUAGGCGUUGUGACAUUUCAUUGCGUGGAGCUGCCAACAUUGAAGCUUUUGAGUUGUAUAGGACUAAGACUAGAAGAUUCGCUAAAUAAAAAAGGAACAUAAUGAUACUGAACGAG